AUGAAUUAAUAGCAAUUUGAUGCUCUGUGCCAUGAUUGUUGCUUUUCUUAAUCUUUUGAGAGAAAAUAAUUAGCAGAUUAAACCAUUUAUCAAUUCAUAGAGGAUAUCAGAAAUAUCGAUGGAUUGUAUUAAAUUAUAAGCCAAACUUAGUCAGGCUCUACAUUAUUUGUCAUUUCCGAGUUCAUUGCCAAAAUUAUAGUAUCGGAAAGAUAAUUCAAAGGAUUUUAGGUUGCUGAGCGUUCCUCAAAAGAAGUUCAAGUUAUUGUGGGUCAAUGCUAUACAGGUGAGGAAGUGGAAAUUUUGUAUCAAAAAUGUAGAAUAUAUGAAAAUUUGGUUACAUUAUUCUGCUAGACUUUGUAGAAAGAAUUGGCAAUGCAUUAGCAAAAUUCAAUUUGCAAUCUUGUGGGAUUGCUAAUUUAAUAAAUAAUGAUGUUGAAUGGAACUCAAUUUAUGAAAUUCUAAGACCGGCUAAAUGUAUUUUUUGAGGGAAAUAAUAUUGAGACUCUUACUAUUGGUUUGAAAUUGAUAUAAAAUGUGAUUCAGAAUAUCCAACAAUAUUCAUCAUAUGAUUCUUAUGUCUCUUAUAGAAGGAUAAUGUUUGGAUUCUAGAAUUAGGAGAUCUUUAGUUGUUUUGAGAUAGUCUGUAGAAUAGUGAAAACCAGUCCUCCUGAAUUAUAUAAAUAAUCUCUGAGCACAUUAAAGGAUAUAUUGAUGUUUAAUUUUAAUGUGAGUUAUUUUGAAUUGGAAUCUGAUUUUGAUCCAAAUGACUAAAAUAAUGUUAGCUUUCCAGAUAAAUUCGCUGAUUAUUUUACAGAUUAGCAAUUAAUAGAGCUAUUAUUCAAUAUUGUACAGGUCUUCAGUCAGAGUAAUAGUUCUUUGGCCUUAUUAGCUUUGAAAUCAUUAAAAAGAAUGGCAUCAUCUAAAAAAAGGAUAUUUUUAAACAAAGACAAGAAGAGAUUAUUUGCAAAAGAGAUGUAUGCAGGUUGCACAUUUUUAUUUUAGACUGUGUAAUCAACAAAUGAAGAGAUUAUAAGUGAUAUAUUGGAGUUAAAUACUAAAUUAAAUAAUUGUUAUGGUCUCAAACAAAUUCGCUUUGAUUUUGCAUUCAGUUAAAAAUGGCUCUAUUGUUUAUAAACAUUUUGCAUUCAGAUUCUGUAGAGAUAAAUGAAAAUUAAAGAUCCUCAUAUGUAUUAGAUGAUAGAAUUGAUGAAAAGGUUACUUAAAUUCAUUUCCGAUUUUGAAUUGGACACAACAUUUAAAACUUCCAUAUCUUCAACAAUCACUGAAAUAGGAAAAUCAAUUAUUCAUCUAUUGUUAAACUCCUAGAAUUCCUUCUUUCAAGGUUACACUCCUCAAAACCACAAGAAAUUGAAAAAUACACUCAAGGAAUUCUUUGAAAAUCUAUUUCCAAUUUUAUCCAUCGAUUUGAGCAAUCAUUUAAAAAUGAUAUAUCAUUCAUUCAAAAAUGCUGCUUAGGAUUAGGAGAAAUUCAUAAUCGAAUUGAGUUUAAUCAAUUAUAUAGUGAUAAAUCCAUUGAUCUUAGAUAGAUCCAAUGAAGACAUCAUUUAAGUGGUUCAGACUGUCAUAAAGGAAUCUUUGCAAUUCUUAUCAAUCCCUCAAAGCAAUCUACCUCCUUUGGUGAUUAUGUCAGCAAUGUCUUUGGCUGAUAAUCUGUUUUAAUUUGCAUUGAGUGAGUCUGAUGAAUCAAUAGGAAGACAGAGAUCCAACAAAAUCUUCUUUGAUACUUGCAUCAAACCAAUUUAAACACAACCACAAUAGGCUACUAAUCAGUUACUAUAAUACAUUGUUAUGCAACUGUAGAUUCAAAAUAAAGAAAUAAUUGAAUAUGCUUUGAUCAUAAUGAAGGAGACUAUAGUAAGAUUGAAACACCAUCUGUAUAAUGAUUCAUUCUAGUCCUCAAGCGUCGUCACUUAAAUAAAGGUCGUAUUGCUCAAUCUCAAGAAUUCAGCCUUGCAAUAGGAGUAGUUUUUUAGUUGUCGUACAUUGGCUGCAGAAAUCAUUUCCAUACUCCUGUUUGAUUCAGCCUAUGAGAAUUAUAUAGAGUCAAUCGUAUAAUUGAACUAACUCUUAACAAUACAACCAACAUCUCAAUCAAUUUAAAUCUACUUAUACGAAAUGUUAGGGUAUUUCAAACAUGUUGAUGUCAGCAAGAUUUUCAGAUUGUUGAUUAAAUAACAUUUAAUGAAGAUUGCUGAUUUGACUAGGUUUAUUUUGAUUGAUAAUCCCCAGCAAUUUCAACUUUGUAAAUUAUGUUUGAAAUUGAUGGUUGCCAUAACUGAAAAUAAGAGUCUCAGAUUUCAAUACCAUAGUUCAUCAAUAGUCUAAAUAGAAUUGGUCAGAACCUUUUAAGGAAUCCUGACUAGUUAUGUUCAACAUUUGAUAGUUGCUAUUCAGGAUGAAAAAGUCAAAUAAGAAUUCUCAGCUUAGAUCUGUAGAUUGGUUGGUCUUGUGUACAAAAUUAUGAAUAACAUUCUUAAAGGCAAAUAUAUAUCUCAAGCUUGUUAAUUGCUAUUUGCAGAUCGUAAAUACUUAGACCUACUCAUAGCUAUUUUAGAUAUCACUCAUAAGAUAUCAAAUUACAUAAUCCUGUACAACAAAUCCUGUGUGCAAAUGAUUCAAGUUCUCCAAGUUAUCAGUUCGCAAUAAUUGUAAUUGUUUGAAUUAAACCCUCAAUCUUUGUCGACAUUGCUGAGCAUAGUCGAAAAUCUAUAGAAGCAUCUAUUGCAGCAAUUGUCUUAAGAAUACAAGACUUAAACCACUUCCUCAUACCUAUAACCAACAGACAAAAUUUCAUUAGAUCAAACUACAGACAUUGUAAUUUCAACUUUAGAAUUUGUUUCAGAGGAACAGUAAUUAACCCAAUUAGGAGUGAUUCAGUCAUUUGUUUUGCCUCUUGAUUCUAUCAUUGAUAGUAUCUUGAAUGAUUUAAUUGUCUGUUUAAUCUAAGGCAAAUGUUCUCAAUAAACAUUCAAUAAAAUCAAUAGAUAACUCUUUGCCAUCAUAUGUACAUAUUAUCAAAAUUUCGUUAAUGUAUUGAGUAGAUAAUUUGUUAAAUCAGAAUAGUAAUUAGGUCAGGCACUGAUAAAUGUUUUAACAAAGGACCUGGAACUUAGAAUUAAAUAAUAGAACGAAGAAUAGUUUAAAAAGAAUAUGCCUUAAUUUUUAUCUUAAUUUGGAAUAAUAUGA